GCACUCAAACGUAACUGGUAUGGCCUCUGGUUAUCGGAUUGUACCCUGUCCCACCGAUCUCAGCUGCGUGCGAUAGUGUUCCAUACGUUUGACACACUGUCCCCCAACACGUUUCCCCUGAUUGGGUCAUUUGCGGCAGAGUCCGUAACGUCCGGUCGGCACGUGUUUGGCGCGGAUCUAACAGAGUCUUCGGAAAUAGACUUUUGGAUAUGGGAUCUUGUGAUGGAAUUUGUAUUCUUUAAUUCGCCGGAUUUUUCCCUAGAGCCCAAUGGCUCCUUCUCGGGAAAACAAGGUCUGGUGCGAUGCUUGCGUGAACGAAUGCUACAGCUGUUGGAAUUGCAUAAUCGUGGUAAGGUUGACAGUUGUGGUUUUUCGAGCAGCGGCCAUUUAUUGGCGGAAUUCGACCGACUCGUGUCACCACUUGUUCGUCACGCGAUUGAAACAUUCACUCGCUAUCGUAAAGAACAAGAAGUCCGAUUGGAAUUACCGCCCGGCCUGAACGCAACUAGUCUAUUGCACCAGUUCGUUCAAGCUCAUCAUCAUCUGGAAACCGAAGGCGAAUUCGUGCGGUUUUUAACUCCUACACAUAUAGCUCAUAUUUUGGUGGAAGUUAGUUUGAUUUUACACGGUUGUCUACUAAGAGCAAUGCGGCUGUUGUUUGCGGUCCUUGCGAUGCGCACGGAUUGGCAGGAUCGGCUACGCGAGGAAUCCAAGCAAGCUCUGACCAGUGGCCUAAAUUGUCCUAAACGAUCUCCCAAAUGUACAGGAUCGCUUUUGCCACCGAAAUGCCUCCAUUUGAGACAUAUUAAUUGUCUACCGUGGACCAAAGCCUUGAUAAACGAAGCAGUUCGUCUCAGUGCCCCUGGUUUUCCAAUUGGAGCCCUACGGGAAGCCUAUCGAGAUGGGCAAAUAUUAGAUUUCGAUUAUGCCGAAGGUGAACUUGUUCUGCUCAACCAGUUGGUCUACUUUAACGACCGACAACUGUGGGAAGAGGACAGGCAAUCACCAAAUGGGGAUGUGUGCGGGCACAACGUCGUGAGCAACAAAACUACUGAUUCCACUCACUUGCAUCGAACCGAAUCUUAUUUGCCCGGCCUUCCGUUCAAUCCAUAUCGAUUUUUACGGAAGGUUGACUCAUCACAGCUGGACAAGGAUGUGCAUCUGGAAUUACCCGUACACUGGGCUCGGCAUAUGCUUGUUGGCUACACCGUUUGCGUGCCAAAUGAUUGUGUUUAUCGCCUCCUCACGGCCAUACUGACGCACCUGUUCGGAACGGGAUUACGUGUUAGCGUGAAGAACGACGAAUCGAACACCCCUCCUGUCUGUGACGGCCAUUCGCUUCGAAUUCCGCGAAUCUUGCCAUCACUGUCUUGGGUUUACACAUCCGAGUAA